AUGCCUCCCGUCCAACAAGUCUGGGACUUCCCCGGCAUUCCGGGGGAUGUCUUCUUCGACCACAAAUUCUCACACUCGCCUUCAGCAUCCCCAUCACCAUCACCAGACAUAUACAUCGCCAAGCGUGACAUCGACACCUCCUCAACCGAAAAUGGAAAAUCCAUCACCGCCCGCUCUGACAAAACCUACGUCCCCGGCAAAGGCACCGUCGACCCGCACCACAUCAACAUGCAGGGCCUGCUCGCUCUAUUUGCGAUUCUGGGCGCCGCCUUCGUCAUAGCGGGGAUCUGGUUCUUCUUCUGGGCGAAAAACGGCGGGUUCCAGUGGCGCAAGGGCGAUUGGGAGGAGUACAAGUCUACUGUUCUGCGACGGAAGGGUCCGGACGGGAAGACGUUGAGUAAUGCUACGAAGAGCACGAAGCUUGGUGGCGGGAGUGUCGUGGGCAAGGGAUAUAGUGACUGGGAGGGAGAGGGUGAUGGGUACACGGAGAGUGGACUCGGGUAUGCAGAUACGGCUACGAAUCUGACUAAGAAGACCGGAAGAGAUAGGAGACAGCGGUUGAAGGAUAUCGCGAAGAGACGAUUCAUGCGGAAGCGUGCUGAGGAGCAGUCAUGGAAUGGCGAGGAGUAUGAAGAUGAGGAUGUGCGCGCUUAUCGGAAGGAGAAGGCCGCGAGGGUUGGUGGGAUUAACCAUGAGGCUGAGGGGACGUAUCACGGGAGUGAUUAUGAUACUUCUGCGCCGCCAACGCAGUAUAAUCAGAGUGAGAUGAGUGAAGUCCGGGACUAUGCUUUUGCUCCGCCAGUUGCGGCACGCCACAAGAGUCAGCGCCAGUCUCGCAAUUUCUCAUUCACGCCUGGUACCGAGAGUCAAGUCACCGGUGAUCCGUCUUACCAUCCCCGCGACACUGGCAACCGUCGUAUCCGCGAACCCUCUGCCCGUCGCCACAACCGCCGUCGUGAACGCCGCCGCAACCCGCCUCCGCCUACAUCUUCGUCUUCAUCGUCCCGCCAGGAUAGCCAUUACCCCCGCAAGCAACGCCGCAGCAACGGCGGUGGCCACUACACCGAGUCAUCUCUCGGCUCGCGGUCAGAAUUCAACUCGAACCUAUACUCCGAGGACGAGAGCGGGACCAGGAGCUACCACCAUCCAAUCCCGGGAUUGACCAAGGGAUACCGCCGUGAUGGCGGACGAGGCAGACGGAGGGAUAGUUUGAGUGAGAGUGACGGGGAGGAGACAAGGUAUUCUUAA